AUGUCCACCUCGUACACCAUGGACCAACUGAAGCUACGACGAUCUGCGGUAGAUGGGAAGCUGAAACGCUCGGCUUAUAGGGUCAGCAAGUUCGAUGCCGGAGCGGUCUCCAUCGACGACCUCAAUGCCGAACUCGACCACCUGCACCUACUUUGGCAGGAUUUCCGUGAAGUGCAUAGCGGUAUUCUGGAUCUGUGCACGGAUACCGAAUCCAUCGAGCCUCAUCUCGACGAGGAAGCGGCUCUGGAAAGGCGCUACCUUUCGCUAAAGGCAUCGAUCAACCAGACCGUACGAACGGUGGCCAUCCGAGACAAUCCAACUCCACCGUUGGUUCCCGGACAGAGCAUUAUUCCCGCAGCAGGAUCAACUGCUACGCUAGUUCCCCCCGAGCUACACCUCCCGAAAGGAAUACUUCCCACAUUCUCGGGAGACUACGGGGAGUGGAAUUCAUUCUACGAUUUGUUCAUCAGCUCCGUACACAACAAUCCUCGUCUGACGAACGCUCAACGGUUGUUCUAUCUGAAAACCUACACAACGGGAAGAGCAGCCGCCCUUCUAAAGUACAUCAAGGUCGAGGACAACGCGUAUGAAGGAGCCUUGGACAUUCUCAAGAAACGCUUCGAUCGGAAGGACCAAAUCGUAAAUCACCAUAUCCAACGGUUCUGCGAGAUUCCGAGUACCACCGUGCCGUCAGUUUCCGGUCUACGCAAGCUCCACGAAACCGCCGACGAUGUCAAGCGAGCUUUGCAGGCUAUUGAACGAGAGGACCGAGACUGUUGGCUAGUCUACCUUCUCCUGGCAAAGGUGGAUUCGGAAACCAGACAGCAGUGGUCAGACAAGUUCGCCACGAACCAGGAUCCACCCAAAUUCGAGGAUUUCUUAGAAUUUCUCGAACAACGGACUUAUUCGCUGGAAACCGCCCAAACUCAGACUCCAAAGUCAACUAUGAGGCAUGUAAUAAGACCGCAACCACGAAGUUCAAGUUUCGUCACCACCAACGAACAAGCUAAAAAUCCAUCCAAGUGCUCUGUCUGCAACGAAGCUCCGCACCGGCUAUACUACUGCAAAAGGUUCCAGGAAAUCCCAGUUGCCGAGCGAAUCCGUUUGGUUAAUCAGCUGGGUCUUUGCAAGAACUGUUUGUGUGCAUCCCACGGUAAAGCGUCUUGUACCGCUGGGGAUUGUCGCAAGUGCAAGCAACGUCAUCACACUCUGCUCCACGAAGGACCGUCGUUGGACUCCGUUCCGGCGAAGGGUAGUCAGCUCUCGUUCGGAGUUAUCAAUCAACUUUCCUACGGUGAUUGCUUCACGUCGGUAUUCCUCGCAACUGCAGUAGUCAAUCUCGUCGAUUCCAGUGGGCAGCAACACAGCGCCCGCGCAUUGUUAGAUUCCGCGUCACAAGCCAACUUCAUCACGGCCAAGCUGUCAAAGAGGCUGGGACUGAAAACGCACCGAAUCAACCUGCCGCUCAAAGGAAUUUCUGGGUUGACAACGAAGAUCACCGAGGCCAUCGAAGUCGACAUACAAUCGAGAACUUCGGAUUAUGAGGUCCGUAUAGACUGUGCAGUGCUGCCAAAAAUAUAUGAUCCGAUUCCACACCAAUUCGCUGACAUUUCCGACUGGGAACUUCAUCCCAGCAAGCCGCUAGCAGACGAUCGAUUCAACAUUCCCGGCGAAGUGGAUCUACUACUUGGGGCCAGCGUGUUUUACAACCUUCUGCAUUCCGAUCGCAUGUCGCUGGGACCUGCCAAGCCAGUGCUACAAGAAACGGCUUUAGGCUGGGUGGUAGCUGGUUUAUACGAGUCAAAAAACUCCGCAUUACAAGCUCCACUGUGCUUCGUGUCGCAUGUUGACCCCGAGGACGAACCUUCGUUGAGCCAGCUAGUCUCUAAGUUCUGGGAGAUCGAAGAUUUCAAGCCCAGUCAGCAUCUAACGAAGGAGGAGCAGUUCUGCGAAGAGCUCUACACUCAGACUACGGUGCGCGAUGCCAGCGGACGCUACAUAGUGAAACUGCCGUUCAUCCGCGAUCCUACAGCGAUAGGAGAAACCGGCUACUCCGUGUUGGCACAGUUUACGGCAAUGCAACGGCAACUGCAGCGGGAUCCGGAAAAGUACGUGCUCUACCACAAGUACGUGGAAGAGUUCCUGGAAAACAACCACAUCACGAGAAUUGCACCCGAUCCAAAUCACCCGAAGAUCAUUUAUCUGGCGCAUCACGGCGUCAUCAAGGCUGAAAGCUCCACUACGAAGCUUCGAGUGGUGUUCAAUGCAGCAAAAAAAUCGUCGAACGGACUGUCGCUCAACGACCUGUUGGCGACCGGACCCAUCGUGCAGGAUACGUUGUAUAACCUCCUGAUGAACUUUCGAUUGUAUCCGGUCGUACUCACCGCAGACCUUACGAAGAUGUUUCUUCAAGUGAAGGUGACCGAGGAAGACAGUGAACGAAUCCGCAUACUAUGGCAAGAAUUCGGACAACCUAUGGCGGAAUACGGGCUAAACACCGUCACGUUUGGCAUGUCCUGUGCUCCUUUCUUGGCAACCAGAACGUUAAAUCAGCUAGGAGAGGACGAAGGCACCGAAUUCCCGCUGGCCAAGGAAGCAAUCAAAGAUUUCUAUGUUGAUGAUCUACUCACCGGUGCGGCAACACGCGAGGAAGCCAAGCAAAAACGUCAGCAGAUUACUGAAAUGAUGAAGCGAGGAGGAUUUGAGAUCCGAAAGUGGGCGUCCAACGACAGGGAAGUGCUAGACGAUAUACCGCCAGAAGACAGAGCAGUCAGCGUAGUUCACACGGUAGACAGUCAGGAGACCAUCAAGACACUCGGCGUCCAAUGGCAACAUCGGGAAGAUCUCUUCACCUUCAAGGCAUCCGAUGAUCCCAUCAAGGAGUGCUUCACAAAGCGAGAAGUACUAUCCACCAUCGCCAAGAUCUUCGACCCUCUUGGACUCAUCGGACCAAUAGUGGUGAUUGCAAAAAUGAUGAUGCAGGAGUUGUGGAAAAUUCAAACUGAUUGGUCUGAGCCGCUGCCAAAUCAGUUCAACCACCGGUGGCGUAUAUACUUGGUGCAUCUACGAAAUGUCUGGCAAAUAAAGGUCCCACGGCGGUGUAUAAGCGUUCCACAGCCUGUACAAUAUCAUCUCCACGGGUUUUGUGACGCCUCACUCGAAGUAUAUGGAGCAGCUGUAUACUUACGAGCGAUCGACGAAAACGGUGAUAUCAGUUCGCACCUACUUGGGUCCAAAUCGCGCGUGGCGCCCAUCAACAGACCGUCGCUACCUCGAUUGAAGCUGUGUGCAGCAACCUUGCUCGCGGAGCUAAUCAAGGCCAUGAAGUCCACCCUUCGGAUUCCGAUUCAUCAAACCCUGGCAUUCAGCGACUCAACCACGACGCUAGCCUGGAUUGCAGGAGACCCAGCCCGGUGGAAAAUAUACGUCUCCAACCGGGUAGCAACCAUCAAUACGAUCAUCCCGGCCUCGGAUUGGAGACACGUUCCCACGAAACAGAACCCGGCGGAUCUCCUCACGCAUGGGGUAGCACCGUGUGUGCUUGCCUUGUCGAAGCUGUGGUGGCACGGACCAGAUUGGGAACCUAGCACUACCACGGAGGCACCUAUACCGAAUCCAACACGCAAAGAAGAAGAAGUCAUCAACACCGAAGUCAGGCGUCAACAGCCCAUCCUGGCAUACCUCAUGACAUAUAGGGACGUCAUCGAGGAUAUACUCCACAAAUACUCGUCCUACACGAAACUUCUCAGGGUGACAGCUUGGAUCAUCCGAUUCAGUGAAAAUUGCCAGCUGGAACGAGCCCAACGAACUGUCGGACCGUUAUCCGUCAUCGAAAUCAAUGCAGCAAAAAGGUUGCUCAUUCGCUACACGCAACACCAAGCAUAUGCGGCAGAGAUUUCAGCACUAGAGAAAUGCAAACCGUUGCCGGACCGAAGCAAGCUGCUACCGCUAAGCCCGUUCGUCGAAAGUAAUCUCCUCAGGGUGGGCGGCCGGCUCGCCAGAUCCAACCUGGAAUACACAGCAAAGCACCCACUGAUCAUCCCGGCAGAAAGUAGAUUAGCGACCAUAAUAUUCAACCACGAACACCUUCGUAACCACCAUCUCGGAGCGACUUCGCUACUGUCCGCAGUCAGAGAAACGUUCUGGGUUCCACAUGGAAGGAAAUUAGCCAGAAACACCAUCUGGAAAUGUGUCCCAUGCCACAAGAACGCCCCAAAUCGUGGCAUGUUGCAACAAAUCAUGGGGCAACUUCCGGAAACUAGAGUCACACCAGCACCGCCCUUCUUUCACUGCGGAGUGGACUACGCAGGGCCAAUCACACUGGUGGAAAAGCGCACAAGAGGAACACCCACAAUCAAAGGCUACAUAGCAAUUUUUGUUUGCUUCGCGACCAAAGCAGUACAUCUCGAGGCGGUCUCCAAGCUCUCCACGAAAGCAUUUUUGGCAGCCAUGCGACGAUUUGUGGCUAGACGAGGUCACUGUGGGCAUAUGUACAGCGACAAUGGCACCAAUUUUGUGGGAGCAGACAACGAAAUGCGAUAUUGGUAUCGGAAAAUCAGUUCAUCCGACCACAACAAUCGUGUAGCGGACUUCCUAGCGAUGGGUGGUACACAGUGGCAUUUUAACCCACCCGGCUCGCCACAUAUGGGAGGACUUUGGGAGGCAGCAGUCAAAUCGGCCAAACAUCAUCUUAAUAUUGUGACGCAGAAAGCUCGGCUCACAUUCGAAGAGUUCGGAACGUUGCUCGCCGAAAUCGAGAGUAUCUUGAACUCGCGGCCCAUUUCGCCAGCAUCGAACGACCCGAAUGACCUGCAGCCCCUUACACCAGGGCACUUUUUGAUCGGACGACCGCUAACAGCCAUCAACGAACAGGAUUAUCUUCCAAGUCCUGACGAGCCAUACGACGUUAGGUUUCGUUACGUCAACGAGCUCCGGCAACACUUUUGGGACCGUUGGAGCAAGGAGUACAUUCCGGAACUGCAACUGAAGGGAAAAUGGCAUCGAACGACCAACACACUGGAGGAAGGUGAUCUGGUCCUGCGAAAUGGUGAGGUUGUGUGUACGGGAAGUCGAUCGGAUCGUAUUUUCAUCGCUCGUGAUGUCGUGGUGGAGGAGUUAGCGCUUAAACAGCGGAUCGUCGAUUGUGGUUCUGAGGUUCCGGAAGCUCCCGUUCGGAGUAAGAAUCACGGUCAGUUGGCUGGACCUUCUUCAUCGAGAAGUGUUGCUGAUCGUGAAGAAUCCCAACAAGAGGAGAGCUGUCCUGGAGGUGAAGAAGAAUCUGAUGAUAAAGCGGAGGAUAGGUCGUUUGAAAAGGAUCGUGGUGCAGCUGAGGAGGGGAACGGUGGUGCAGAGGCAGGUCUGCGUCGCAGUGAGCGAGUUCGGAAGCCUCCUGCGAAGCUGAACGAUUACUUGUGCAUUACCUAUGCGCUUAACGCUGAAAGCUACGUCGAAAAUAUUCCGGAUACCAUCGAAGAGCUGCAGAAACUGGAAGAUUGGCCGGAGUGGAAGCUUGCCAUAGAUGAGGAGCUGAAUUCACUGGCCGAAAACAACACUUGGCAGCUGGUGUACUUACCGGCUGGGCGCAGGGCAGUGGACUGCAAGUGGGUUUUCCGACUCAAGUUUGGCCCAGAUGGGUCCGUUCUGAAGCGAAAAGCGCGUUUAAUGUCCACCGUUCGAUCGAUGCUUGCCCUUGCCAACCAGUUCGAUCUUGAUGUCCAUCAAAUGGACGUGACGUCCGCCUUCCUCAACGGAAUCCUGACGGAGGACAUCUAUAUGCGUCAACCAAAGGGAUUUGAGGAGGGGGAUAAGGUAUGCACACUCAACAAAUCCAUUUACGGAUUGAAACAGGCGUCCACGGUGUGGAACGACCGCUUUAAUGAGUUCAUUUCACGGUGUGGUUUCCGUCGAAGCGAGGAAGAUAGCUGUCUGUACGUUCAAGUAGGCAAAUCCGGUCCAGUGUACCUGCUGCUCUACGUGGACGAUGUUUUGAUCAUCGUGAACAAUUUAGACGAAGUGAAGACUGUGAAACGGAUGCUGAGAAUGGAAUUCAAGAUGCAGGAUCUCGGUGAAGCUCAGAUGUUCCUGGGUCUUCGGAUUGAUAGAGAUCGAGAAAAAGGUGUAAUGAAGCUGAGUCAGCUGAAGUACGUGGAUGCUGUGCUGAGACGCUUUGGCAUGGAGGAGUGUAUCUACGGCGCUACAACAGCAUGGAGUACCAGGAAGCAGGCACUUUCCUCGACCGAGGCCGAGUGCUAUGCAUUGGCAGAUUGUAUUUGCGAAGUCUUGUGGAUAAGUAAGCUGUUCGUAGAGUUGGACAUUCGUGAACAUGAGCCUGCGGAAAUCUUUGAAGACAAUCAGUCCACGAUCGCCAUUGCCGAGUCAGAUGGCUCGUCCAAGAAGCUCAAGCAUACCGAAGUUAAAUUACAUUUCAUCAAGGAGUGCGUCCAAGAAGGUAAGGUGAAUUUGUGCUACAUCCCGACAGCCGACCAACCGGCCGAUAUACUCACCAAGGGCCUUUCGCCGGUACCGUUUACCAAGCACCGAAUCUUCAUGGGAAUCAAAACAUGA